CACUCGCUCAUACAUCCGACGUACUUUUACUAUUUCCCCUAUCUCCCGAUUCCGUGUGAUAAUUUAAACUAAAACGCUGAGUGACAAUUCAUUGUGUCAAUACCACAAGGAAAUUGUGACAAUUCAUCUCGUCGGAUAAUUAUUAGUCAACCGAGGAAAAAAGAAGAGUGAAAAAUGGAUGAGAGUAUGUUGAAACAACUGGGAAGAAUCGCCUCCAUUAUCCAUCGAUUUAUCGAAUUCAUAGCGCGAUGGCUAUUUCUUGCGGCAGCGGAAAUCACAGGCAAACCGGAAGUCAUGCCACCGAUAAAUAAUAAUAUUACGAUGCACAAUACCCAAGCAUUAGCCAUGAUGAUACGUCAGAAAAAAUUGAAGUGUGUGGACGUGAUGAAUGCCUACAUAGAGAGGAUUGAAACAAUUCAACCGAUAUUGAACUGUGUUGCUGAGGACAGGUUCAAAGGGGCACUGGAAGAGGCCAAAGAGUGCGAUAAAUUAUUGAAUUCCCCAGACGCUCCGUCUGCCGAGGAACUAGAGAAAAAUAAGCCCCUUUUCGGAGUCCCCUUUACAACGAAGGAUUGUAUUGGCGUUAAAAAUAUGAAACAAACCGCUGGAUUACUCGCGAGAAAAAAUAUUCGUGCUGAACGUGACGCUGAGGCUAUUUCGUUAAUGAAAAAAGCUGGAGCGAUUAUUAUCGCUACGACCAAUGUUUCCGAGCUUGCAAUGUGGUGGGAGUCGAGUAAUCUGGUGUACGGAACUAGUAGGAAUCCCUAUAACACAUGGCACAUUGUCGGUGGGUCUUCUGGAGGUGAGGGUUGCAUUCAGGCAGCAGCAGGUGCUGCUUUUGGCGUUGGCUCGGACAUCGGCGGCUCCAUCCGAAUGCCCGCUUUCUUCAAUGGAAUAUUCGGUCACAAACCCUCCAAAGGAAUUGUAUCGAAUGACGGACAACACCCGAGUACCCAAACUGAUGAGCAAAAUGAUUUAUUGGGAAUUGGACCCAUGUGCCGUUUUGCCACUGACCUGAAACCAUUGCUGAAGAUAAUGGCUGCUGAAAAUGCAGGAAAGCUGGAUCUCAAUGCGAAAGUUGAUCUCUCGAAACUCAAAUUUUAUUACAUGGAAGAUGAUGGAGGCCAAUUUCUGGUGUCACCAGUCUCCAAGGACAUCAAAUCGGCAAUGGCUAAACUGCUCUACACCCUGGAAAUAGCCCACAACGUCAAAGCCGAGAAAAUCAAGAUAAAAAAAUUCAAGAAAAGUCUAGCCCUGUGGUUCGCGAAUAUGACAUCCCCAGAGGCCAAGGACUUCGCCUGGGAAUUAUCCAAUAGGAAAGGACGUAUCAGUGUUUGGUGGGAAUUUGUCAAGUGGUUCACACGCACCGGGUCCCACACAUUUGUCGCUAUAUUUACUGCAACCUUUGAGGGAUUGAGCAUGAGAUUCAAAGAUGACAAGAGGGCACGACUGCUGCAAGAGAGUCAAGAUCUCAGAAGAGAGUUUUCGGAUUUACUGGGUACAAAUGGCGUGUUCCUCUACCCAACACAUCCAACCCCUGCACCAUUCCAUCACGAGCCCCUUCUGAAACCCUUCAACUUCGCCUAUACAGCAAUUAUCAAUGUCCUCGGAUUGCCAGCAACCGCCUGUCCCCUAGGACUCAGCAAUGGCCUACCAAUUGGAAUUCAGGUUGUCGCAGGUCUCUAUCAGGAUCAUUUGACCCUAGCCGUUGCCGAGGAAAUCGAACGUGCCUUUGGUGGUUGGCAAGUGCCAUCAGUUAAACAAUGAUUCCACAAUUACAGUUAUUUACAAAUUGUAUGUGACUCAUUCCAAACUUAUCCAUGUCUUCGUGAUAAUUUAUGAGACUCUUUCUGCUGGGGAAAAAUCUUGCCACCUGUCUAACUUAUCAUGUUCGUGAUGAUGAAUAUUUUUUUUACCAUUUAUUUCGAUAAAUUUAUCUAGAAUUAUUCUAUUUCUAAAAAUUCAUUGUUGAAGUAUUUAUAAAAUUUAUACUGUUUGUUGUGUGAAGAGUCAAUUUGCCGAUGUGAAAAUACAAUUUUUGUAUCUAUA